AUGGAAACGCAGAUUCUUCGCAAAGUUAAAGCAGAAUUACGAACGAUGGCAGGUCAGGAAAGUUGAUAAUUUUAAAGAUCAUUGGCAAGAAUCAAAUGGUGAGGAUAAAUUAGAAAACAACCUAAGAUUUUCAUUACUUCCGAUUUACAUCCCCAGGGGGGAAGGGGUACUCUGUAUAAUGGCCUAUACAGGGACGGUUCUGCCCGAAAAAGGUACCUUUAUCAGUCUUCAGAGUAGGGGUUUCACUAGUUGAAGUAUAUAAAAGGGUAGGGAAAUCUGUCAUUUAAUUUAUUUGGUCUGUAAAAAGACCUGAAAGGGUUAACAGAGGGAUUUUAAGCCUCUGUGAAAAUGUCCAGAAAUUUUCCUGGUUUUGUGAUUCAAUCAUAUUUUAAUUAAGACAACACACUUACAGUAGUUAAAAGGGAUGCAAAGUUCUAAAUUAGGUAUGUGAAAGGAGUACCACAUAAAGGGGUAAUGGGUUUGACCUCGGAGAGAAGCCCCCCCCCCCCCCCCCCCCCCCCCCCCCAAACCUUUUUUGAUAACCCCCGGGGUGCCCCCCUAACCCAAAGUUAACAAGUUAUUUACAAUCAAUGUUGUUAUACCUUGUAUGAAAAAAAACCAAAAAAAUAAAACAAACCAACAAACAAAAAGAAAAAACACAAAUAAACAAACGUAUGGGUAAUGGGUUUGGACUCGGAUGGAAGACCCCCCCCCCCCCCCCCAACCCCGGGAUAAAACUGUGUAAAAUACCUCCGAGGUUACAUCAUAAACCUAGUGUAAUCAGUUAGUACCUAUGAAGUUCGAAUAACCAUGUAGGUAAAAAAACCAUAAAGAUUCAGCAAUUCAUCGAGGAACAAGGUCAACAUCAGUUUAAUCAAGAGUAUGUGCAACAUGUGUUAGAACAUCGCGGUGUUAAAAAUUUUGAAAGUCAACUCUACUUCUGGAUGCAAAUGAAGAAGGCGAGAGGCCGAAAAGCUGAAUGAAGCAACUACUGAUUCUCUACGUCUGUCCAUUUUUUAAACUUAAGAACUUUUCAUGUUCACACAUUUUCAUUUUCAAGUUUGCAAGUUUUACCUUUUUUCUCAGAUAAAUUAUAAUGUUUUUAAUUAGGUCUUGGCCAAUAUAACAACGGCAAUUCAAGAGUGAAGCGAACAUUACCAGAUGAUUCACCAACAAAAUCCGUUCAAACUGCAUCCCAAGUAAAGCUGCUAAACAAACAAGAGCUUCGUCUAUUGCAAAACAAAUUCUGCGCAAAAGAUCAAACGCUUUGCCGCUUAGGUCCAAGAGGUAAAACAGGGCGACGGGGAAGACCCGGAUCGCAAGGGAGACCAGGCCCCCCAGGGAAGCCCGGGCCAGAAGGCCCUCCUGGUAAACAUGGGCCAGUAGGACCUCCAGGAUCCAUCGGCAUUAAAGGGGAUCUCGGAGUACCGGGGGUUCCUGGUCCCAUGGGUCCUAGAGGCCCACCAGGUGAAAAGGGAACCAAGGGUGAGCCGGGCCAGUCCAUCACGGCUCCUUCUCUACUGCAGAGUCCUGUUGAAACAACUGUCAAUCAAAGUCAGACGGCCAUCUUGAAAUGUUCAGCAGAUGGUAAUCCAACUCCACAGAUCACGUGGUCUAAGAUGAACUCGCGACUUCCUGUGGGACGUCACAAGGUAACGUCCAGUGGUGCUCUGAUUUUGAGGGACGUGAGGCAUGGAGACGAGGGAGUUUACAGCUGUGAAGCUAAAAAUUUACUGGGGAGCGUUAACGCUUCAGCUACACUCACUGUACAGUGUAAGUCGACCUGGUUAAAGUACACUAAGAAUUUUAUUAAUCGACAAUUACCAGCGGAGUCUUGAAAUUAAACUUCAAAAAGAUAGUUUGGAUAGACCGAGAUUAAAAAGCUCCAUAAACAGAACAUUAGAAAAAAAUUCGUACAUUAUGUCAUUGGUUACAAUUGGAUAUUAAACUUCAAAUCAUGGUAUUAUGGUACAGUUCAGACAGUGUUUAACCGAAAACAUGUAUUUUGUCGUUCUCAAUUUUGCUAAAUCUGAUCUGUAUCUGGAUAUUGCUUAGUGUCAAUUGUACCCGGGAGGGGAGGACUCCGCAUAUGAAAGGGGUGGGGAUGCUCGUCGUCUCGCUAAGGGGUGUAAAUUUCGGAUUUUAGUCUCAUUUAGGCUGUUGUGGGCAAAACGCCAUCAUAUUUAGCCGUGAAGGUCUCGUUUAUGGUUGCACGCCAAAAAAUAUAAAAAUACGUAUUUGAUAUGUGUAUUUUUAAUUCGUUUUAUUUACUCCAUUCAUACAAUCCAAGUUUUCUCAUUUGUCUGUGUUUUAACUUGGUCAUCGGUCUCCUUUAGGGGUUUAAUUCAAAAUUUCCGACGAGCAUCCCCACCCCUUUCAUAUGCGGACUCCCCCCCGGGAAUUGUAUCGAGAAGGGCAACAACGAAGGCUACCAAACCAUUUAUCUCCUUAAAAUAAGCCACUUGUAAACACAUUUUGGGGGCCACUAGCCUGUUUUUGGCUCCGAGAUAGUCGGGUCCGCUGAAAUGAGAAAGCGCGAACACGAAAAUAAAGCGGGAGGAAACGUGCCUUUUACUUUCGCGUCUUCCCCACUAUCUGAGAGCCUAGAACAGACUAGGGACCACUGAUUUGUUUGAACUGCACUUUAACUCAGACUUUCUUUAAGAACCGGCCCCGAUUUUCUAUUUUUCGCCAGUUGGUCCGCAACUUUCAUUGUCAUCCAAUCGACUGAUGGCUGAAGAGAAACAAAACGUCACCAUCGCCUGCACUGCUACUAGUCAGCCGUCACCUAGGAUCACGUGGUCCAAGUCAGUGGGAAGUUUACCUGGAGGCAGAAUCAAGAUGCAAGGUGGAACCCUGAAAAUCUACAGUGUCACAAAAAAGGAUGUUGGAAUAUACAUUUGUAAAGCAGAGAAUACUCUGGGUUCGGUAACAGACACUGCUCAACUUAUUGUAUACUCUCCUUUGCGGUUCAAAGUCCUUCCUCCACAACAAGUGACUCCUUACACUGGUUCCACUCUCCGUUUGCCGUGUGUGGCCGAGAGUGAGCUGAGCACUACAAUUACUUGGUUAAAGAAUGGCGUUGGUGUGCUUCCAGCAAACACACAUGUUCUUCAAAGCGGCACUCUAGUUAUUGAGAACAUCAAGAAUUCCCCUGAAGGCUCUUAUACCUGUCGAGCGAGUAAUGCACUAGCAACAAUAGAAGCUAUUGUUAAAAUCAAUGCUCCGAUUCCCGCUUCCUGUUCUGAAGUUAAAAAAUACAUUAGCAGUGUAAGCGGAAAUUACGUCAUUGAUCCUGAUGGCGAGGGAGGUCUGGCACCAUUCACGGUGUUCUGUGACAUGACUGAUAAAAGUGGAGUUGGCGUGACAGUCAUUAGUCACGACAGUGAGAGUAGAACACAUGUCUCUGGAUGUGAUCCAUCAGGGUGUUACUCACGUGACAUUCAUUACACAGGAGCGAGUCUGUCUCAGCUGGCGCGUCUCACCAAAGUCUCUUCACACUGUGAACAGUUUAUCAAGUACGAGUGUUAUAAUUCAGCGAUAUUCAGAUGGGUGGGAAUGGCCUGGUGGGUGUCACGUAGUUCCACAAAGAUGACGUACUGGGGUGGAGCGUCACCUGGCAGUAGAAAGUGCGCAUGCGGGAUGACCAACUCAUGUGCGCGCUCCAGUUAUGGUUGUAACUGUGAUAAGAAUGACAAUGUCUGGCGUGAGGACAGCGGUCUUCUCACUGAUAAGACAAAGCUUCCAGUAAAACAACUCAGGUUUGGUGAUGUGAGUAGUCCCGAGGAAGGUUACCACACUCUGGGGAAACUGAAGUGCUUUGGUAUUGUAUGA